CUUUCUGCCACUUGUCCAUAGUUUACCAACAGAAAUUAGGGUCGUGGAAUUUGAUUGGCUAGUUUUUAAUAAUGGUUAAAAGCUUGUUUUUUAUUGGCGUAUAUUAAUUUUCAUGGCCGACUCAAUGCAUAUUAGAAAGACAUCAUGAAGGGAAAAGGUAAAGGGAUAGGUGACUCAAAAGAUUGUCCCCUCCAAUUUCCAGAUCUCAAACCUGUUGAUCAUACAAAAUCAUGUCCGCUUUACUCAUCAGUCUUAUCACGAACUCAAGAAGAAGGCAUUGGAGGAGAUGAAAUUGACCGCUUACAAACAGAAUUGGAAACACUUCUUGCUUCUGCAGGCAAAAGACUACAGCUGCUACAAAAAGAAAUACAAACAUUGAACAACUGGCAAGAUAAGAAAGAGAAGAAACCUGCACCCGGCAAAGUUGAGAACAGUGUUGUGAAAAAUAAAAAUGAAACUUUGAAGAAUUUUCCUGGUCGUCCAAGAAGCAGAUGGAGGAAUGAGGCUUCUGAUGUGCCAGUCGUAAAACGAGGGAAAGGUGGCAGUGGAGCUGAAGAUAAACCAAACAAAAAAUUCAAAGACAGCAAUGGAAAAGCUACUCAUUGUAGUGGACCAGGAAGGCCAAAGAACAAAAAUUCACAAGUGAAAAUGCCUGACUAUGACAUUUCAGAAUCCUCGGACAUAGCUCGUAGCCAGAAAAAUGAUAUUGUAAAUCGCUUUUGGGCAUCAGUUGAUCCUUACUGUGCAGAAAUCAGUACUGAAGAUAUGAAAGUUCUAGAAGAAGUUCUGGUUACAAUUAAAGAUGAUAGUGAGUUUUUCAAAAUUCCGCCUUUGGGCAAACAUUACUCGGAACGAUGGGCUCAAGAAGAUAUCAUGGAUGAACAAAAAGAAGGUGCCAAGAUCUCUGAUAAACGACGGAAUAACAAUAAUUCAACUGCAACAAAUUCCAAUGAAUCUACCAACCUUUUAAAAAAAUCUGAAAGUUGUUCCAAUGAUGAUUCCCCUUUUGGUCCUCUUACUCAACGACUUGUUACUGCACUUAUUGAAGAACAUGUAAUGGCACCAGUUGAUGAUACGACAGCAGAUAUUAGCACUAAAGAUCUAGAAGAUCCACCAUCAAUUUCUCCAAAGAUGUUAGCCAAACAGCUAAAUAUCAGCAAUGCUGUUCAGCUUGAAAAAAGAAUUAAAAAAGAACUAGAAGAACAAGGAAUUUUGGAUUUUGAUGAAAAAGUCGAAGAUAACCCGGAUGAUGAAAUUCUCUCAGAAUUACGCCGAAAACAGGAAGAACUAAAAGCCAUCAAUCAUCAAAACACAAUAAUGACAAAAAGAUUAAUGAAAUUGGCAAGAGAGGAAAUAGAAUCUCAGAAGCUUAGGAAAAAAUUAGUUGCACUUGAUGCUGAAUUACUUGAAGCCUAUCGUAAAGUUCAAAGUGCCCGGCAGAAAAAGAGACAACCAACCAAGAAGGAGAAGGAUGCAGUUUGGAAAAUUUUGCAUGAUAGGGAGGAUAUCCUGAAGCAACUUGAUGGUUGAAGGUGUAACCUUUAUUUCCAAAUAUAUUGGAAAGAUUAGUUGCAAUUUUCUGCAGUUUUGGAAGAUAUUUUCCUUGACUAAGCAAACCACCAGUUCCUUUCUUUCUACUUCUAGCUCUUUCUGUCUCUGUCUCACUUGUAGGAGCUUGGAUCAACAUUACACUUGUCCCUCUUAUACUGCUACAUAAGUGACACGAGAUGGUUUACCCUGGCUAGUAAAAUGUACCAUUUUGAGAUCUGAUUUAUUUCAUAAAUAGAAGGAAAUUUGAGAUUAAAGAAUAAGAAAAAUAAGAUAAUAUUUAUCUUUUUUUAGUCCAUGUCUUUGUCUGUUGAUUCAUGUAUAUUGGUGUUUACUGCCUGUGUUUUGUUUGUUUUUUGUCUGUUUAAAGUUUUACGAUUUGUCAAGCAUAGAAAAGAAUUAAUGAAGAAAUGUGCACACAUAUUCUUCAUAUGUAUGCACACACUCAUGCAUGAGACAGAAAUAAGGUCUCUGUCUGACUCAGGUUCAGCUACGGUCAGUCUCUAGUUAAGAAACAUUCAAUUAGUGUUGCUCUUUUGCUCCUCUAUUACAUACAGUUAAUUCUUUGGAAUACAUUCGUAUCUCUAAUGGUCAAAGCCUAGGGUUGAAGGAGAGAAAUACCAUUAAGCACCUUGAGUGAAAAACAUUGUGUUUUUCAGUGGGUUCUAAAAAUUCAUUGCUAGCAAAUUUGACUGCCUCUUUGUCAAUUUUGUCUUAGAUACUAUCUUAUAUUGGGAAGAAAAAUAUGCCAGAUAUGAAUUUUUGUAAACAAAUUAUACCAGAAUUGGUUUUUAUGGCUUUGUUCUUGACCAAAAGACAAAAAAGAUAAAUUUUUUUUUAAACUACAUUUUUUUUUUUUGUUUAUUUAAAUUCUAUCAACAUUCUGGUAUUUGUAUCAUCUGUCUAAAAUAAAAUGUGUAUUUAAAUUUAUAUAA